AUGGCAGGGGAAAUAACCCUAGAAGUGGUGUGGGAGAGUCCUCAGUUGAAUUUGGGCAGCGAGAGUGCAACACACGUUGGCACAAUGGAGGUUCCGUCAUCGUCCAACAAGAACGUGCUGCUGCAGGUGUGGUGCGGUCUCCUCACCGUGGCAAUGGUGGUCAUGGCCGCGCUUCUUGCGACCAUCAAAGCAAAAUCCAACGAGGAUGGACUUUCACUACCUACACUGACAAGGGCAGAUCAUUUCCGCCCAACAGGAUUGUCCUCUUCAUACAUUCAGCUAAUGAAAUCUUCCAGCAGUCACCCUUGGGUAACGGGCCCGCCCUCCUGCGACCCCUGCACCUUGACGCUGCGGGACGACUCCAUCCAGAGUGCCAAGGACGGCGUCUACUUCCUGUACGUCCACGUCACCUUCACCAAAGGCCUCAGGAGCAGCAAAGACAAAUCGGUGGUUUUGACGAGAAACGCCACGAGUGGUAAAAGCACCAGGAAAUUGGUGGAGGGGACCUUCCCGGCCACGACCCAGGGGUCCGUGUGGGUGGCAAACAUGGUGCGACUCCAGGAGGGAGACAGCGUCAGCGUGAAUAUCAGUGGAGACUUCUUGACUGAGGACACAUUUUGGGGGGCCUUUGAGCUCCAUUAGUAGGGAGCUCUAUAUGCAGAUAAUGUGAUGUGUGUAGGGCCCUGUGAUCGGUGGGGGCCCCGUUUUGCGUAAAUAAGCGUAUAUAAAAUGUUAUUUAAUGAAUGACAGGGCGCUUCAUAUGAACAAAUGUAGCCCCUUCCUGCUCCAUCACUGAUAAGAAUAUAUUGGCAAAUUUCCCCAGAUGUUCACAUUGCGGGUGCUGGGCUGGUAUGCAGUUAGGUCGGAGAAGUGUCAGGGGGGUAUGCAAAUGAAUAUUACAUUUUUUUUGCACUUAAAUAAAUAAAUUAUUGAACAUGGUUUUGCCUAUGAAUCCACUA